UAGCUCACCGUAAAUAUUAUACGCAAACCAUCUCUUUUCAUUGACCUAUAGAAGGUCAUAUAUAACCCGUCUCACAUUUAAGAGUACGUUAACGUUUGCGUUGUUGAGCAGUUAGCUAUGCAAUGAAGCUAACAUUCAUGUUUUCUCGACUAAUUUAGUUAGUAAAGGUUAAUGGUUGCAGUUCCGUGGUGAUGCGAGAAACAAUCUAUAAGUGUCGGAAGUCAUUCUGUUAUUUCAUUAAGAACAAGGUUUACUAACUUCACUGGAGGGGUGAACAGUUGCUUCAGAGCUAAUUACAAUGCAUUCUGCAGCAUCUACACUUUGAUCUGGUCAUUUAUCCGGACUACUUAUGGUAAACUAACUCAACCGCACACGGGACGUGUCGGUGUGGGUGACAUGGCGAGUAUGUCGGAAAGGGAAGAGCGACGUUUCGCUGAGGUACCCCGGGAGUCUGUCAAACUCAUGGCAGAAAGCGCUGGGGUAGAAUUAAGUGAUGAUGUUGCCGCUUUACUCGCCGAGGAUGUUUGUUAUCGACUGAGAGAGGCAGCCCAAAACAGUUCACAGUAUAUGAGACAUGCCAAGAGAAGAAAACUGACUGUGGAAGACUUCAACAGAGCACUUCGUUGGAGCAAUAUUGAGACCAUUUCUGGCUUUGGUGCUCAAGAUGCUUUACCCUUCCGGUCAUUUAAAGAAGGGGAGCUAUUCUUUGUGGAAGACAGGGAAAUUAACCUCGUAGAACUAGCUCUGGCCACCAACAUUCCCAAAGGCUGUGCCGAGGCGAUGGUGCGAGUGAAUGUGUCCUACCUUGAUGGCAAAGGAAAUCUAGAGCCUCAGGGAACAGUGCCCAGUGCUGUGCAGACCCUGUCUGACGACCUCCUGAAGUAUUACCAGCAGAUCACUCGCGCCAUACUGGGAGAGGACCCGUACCUCAUGAAGGUCGCAUUGCUUGAUCUCCAGUCCAACUCGAAGAUCGCUGCUCUCCUGCCCUACUUUGUGUACGUUAUAAGUGGGGUGAAGUCAGUGAGCCAUGAUUUGGAGCAGCUGAACAGACUGCUCCACAUGGUGAAGAGCCUGGUUCAGAACCCAUACCUGUACUUGGGCUCAUACGUGCGCAGCCUGGUCUCUAGUGUGAUGUACUGCAUCCUGGAGCCACUGGCUGCUUCCAUCAACCCACUCAACGACCACUGGACCCUGCGAGACUACGCCGCCCUGUUACUCAGCCAUAUCUUCUGGAUACACGGUGACCUGGUCAGUGGGCUGUACCAUCAGAUUCUGUUGUCACUCCAGAAAGUUCUGUCUGACCCCGUCCGCCCACUCUGCUCACACUAUGGGGCUGUGGUUGGCCUGCAUGCUCUUGGCUGGAAGGCCGUUGAGCGUGUGUUGUAUCCCCACCUGCCUGCGUACUGGGCCAACCUGCAGGCCGUGCUGGAUGAUUACUCAGUGUCCAAUGCCCAGGUCAAGGCAGAUGGACACAAGGUCUAUGGAGCCAUUCUGGUGGCAGUAGAGCGACUGCUGAAAAUGAAAGCAGCGAGUCUUUCUUCACCUGCAGAGAAAAGAGCUACUGCGCUGCUGGGAGCUGUGGGAGGGGUCUCUGGCUUCAGGGAGAGGUCUCCUGGAUUAAGCCCCCCUCCGGAGCCUCUGUCUGAGCCCGCCCUGGGUAUUGCCACUCAUCUGCAGGCAGGGGGGGCAGGCUGUCACUGGGAGGAGUGGAAACCAGACCCUCUACCAGCCAUGUACUCUGAGCUGUACUCCUUUUUUGGGGACAGCUUGGCCACGCGCUUUAGCACAGGCCCGUCUGUAGAGGGCAGCACCUCCUCGGUGCCCUGUCAGCCCUCUGAGAGCAGGAAGGAGCUCACAAACAGCACGGCCAACCUGGACUCCACACGCAAGAUGCCUCAGCUAACCGCCAAUCUCAACAUAAGCCCGCGGCAGGACGGUAGCCCGCGCACUGAGUCUGUACCCCCGAGUCUGGCUGCCACCCGAUCACUGACCCGAUCAUCAUCAGUCCCGCGCUCCAAAUCCUCCUUCUCUCGUCCAGGUCAGCGUGCAGCCGGCCCGUCACGUGACAUAUUUCCAAAGGCGCGUUUCCCGCCGCCUCAGGCCAGGGCCCCAGCAUUCACGUUUCUGAUUGGAGGACGGCAGAUGGGCCGUCGCGGACAGGGCCGGCGGUUCCAGACCAGCUUCAGCCUGUCCACACCCAUGACUUCCUUACCACCCCGUGUCUACGCCCACAAGUUACCUGUCAUUGGCAGAGUCAGCAAACCCGUGCAUCGCUGGACUCUCUCUCACUACUCACUACACUUGCCACUCUGAGUCUCAGACAGACAACAGUACAAUCACUCAGAGCAAUUCUGCCUUGCCUGCCCCUGUGUUCCUACACAUAAAGCUUCCCUGCCAAUGUAAAAAAUUUAGACACACACUCAUUGAUAAAACGUAGUGUUGUUUUGUUCAUAUAAAAUGUAUGCCUAAGCAAAAUAAAUAUGUAGCCCUCACAUAAUCACACAUUAGUGAA